AUGAAGGUGGCUGUAGCCGGAGCUGGUGUAGUAGGCCUCUCUACUGCCUACUGCCUUGCGGAAAAGUUCCGAAGUAUCGGUGUGUCGGUGACGGUUAUCGCUGAUGCGUUUAGUCCAAACACCUCCAGUGACAAAGCGGGGGCCUUGAUUUGGCCUUUGCUCUUGGGUUCUUCUAGCCAUAGGAGGGCCAAAUAUGAUGCUCAAUUACAGCAGUGGACGGUGGACACCUUCAAGCACCUCCACUCCCUCUACCACACAAACGAAGCUGCUGAAAUACAGUUGAGUCUCGAAUCAGGCUAUCAAUUCGUCCCCAAUACAGCUGAACCUCCGUGGUGGAAAGAUCUGGUCCUGGGUUUCCGCUGCAUAUCUGCCGACUCAAAUGAGGUUCAGAGAUUUGUCCAAACACACCAAUCACAUCGUAGCAUGUCUGUGUGGGCCUUCUCAACCUACCUAGUGGACUGUAGGCUCUACCUCCCUUGGCUAAUGGCUGGGUUCAUGAGGAGGGGUGGAAUGGUGGAACAAAGGCGGUUGAAGAGUUUGGAUGAACUGAGGGGCUACGAUGUUGUAGUCAACUGCACAGGACUUGGUGCUGCAGAACUGGUUGGGGAUCAUGACCUACAUCCUGUUAGAGGACAGGCUGUGCUAGUGAGGGCUCCCUGGAUCAAGCACUUUGUCAUUGAUGUCGACGACAGCAAAGAAGAUUGGGUGUAUGUUUUCCCACGUUCUUGUGAUGUCCUGCUCGGGGGAACUGCAGUGAGUGGGGACUGGAGUGAGACAGUGGACCCUGCUACAUCUGAAGCUAUCUUGUCUCGGUGCACUGCCCUUCUUCCCAGUCUCCGUGGAGCAGAGGUGAUCGGUGCAUGGGUUGGAGGGAGACCUGUCCGAACUACUGUGAGACUAGAGAAGGAGGAGCGAGGUCCUGGGUGGCCACUAAUGAUCCACAACUAUGGUCAUGGAGGCCAGGGAAUUGUUCUACACUGGGGCUGUGCCCUUGAGGUUGCCAACAUGUUGGAGCAGUUCAUCUUACGUUCUCAUUUGUAG